AUCUACUGAAGUUCAACAAUGAAAAACCAGACCACAUUUACUGAGUUUAUCCUCCUGGGACUCACAAAUAAACCUGAACUCCAGGUGGUAAUAUUUAUCUUUCUGUUCUUCACUUACAUGCUAAGUGUCCUAGGGAAUCUGACUAUCAUUAUCCUCACCUUACUAGACCCCAAUCUUCAGACCCCCAUGUAUUUCUUUCUCCGGAAUUUCUCCUUUUUAGAAAUUUCUUUCACCUCUAUAUUUAUUCCUAGGUUUCUGACGAGCAUGACAACAGGAAAUAAGGUCAUCAGCUUUGCUGGCUGCUUGACUCAAUAUUUUUUUGCUAUAUUUCUUGGGGCAACAGAGUUUUACCUCCUAGCUUCUAUGUCCUAUGACCGCUAUGUGGCCAUCUGCAAACCCCUGCAUUACAUGACCAUCAUGAGCAGCAGAGUUUGUAUACAGCUAGUCUUCUGCUCGUGGCUGGGAGGAUUUCUAGCUAUCUUACCACCAAUCAUUCUGAUGAGCCAGGUGGAUUUCUGUGUCUCCAAUGUACUGAAUCACUAUUACUGUGACUAUGGACCUCUCAUGGAGCUCGCUUGUUCAGAUACAAGUUUCUUAGAAUUGAUGGUCAUCCUCUUGGCAGUUGUGACUCUCGUAGUUACUCUUGUGCUAGUAACACUUUCCUAUACAUAUAUUAUCAGGACCAUUCUGAGAUUUCCUUCUGCCCAACAAAGGACAAAGGCUUUUUCCACUUGUUCCUCCCACAUGAUUGUCAUCUCCCUCUCCUACGGAAGUUGCAUGUUUAUGUACAUUAAUCCCUCUGCAAAAGAAGUAGGUGCUUUCAACAAAGGAAUAGCUGUUCUCAUUACUUCAGUUACUCCUUUGUUAAACCCCUUCAUCUACACUUUAAGAAAUCAGCAAGUGAAGCAGGCCUUCAAGGAUACUGUUAAAAAGAUAGCAAAGUUUUAACUUAAAAGUUGAAUGUAUUUUAAUGAAAUAUGCAUAUCUUUCACUUAAUAAACAUGUAUUGUGUUUCUACCAUAUUUCAAAUGCUAAAUU